AUGGCAGACGUUGCAUUCGACCUCCUGGGCGAUGCUUCCAUCCACAACACACCUUCUAGGGACACCAACGACAAUCUUCAUGCUCACAACAGCACUGGAAUCGUCCCCAAGGAAGAAGAUGCCUUUUCUGCCGCCGUCUCUGUCUGGAGAGGCAUCCAACUCCCAGUUAUCCAACAGGAGAUGGAUACGCAAUCGGUGGAGCUCUUGGAGCAGCAACAACAGAGUUUGGCAGGACGCAAGAAACUUGCAGAACUGACCAGAGAGUUUAAAAAGGUCCCGGAUCAGGAGAAGUUGCAGCAGUUCAAGUUACUCCUUAGGGCUUACCAGGGAGAAAUCGACGCAAUCACCAAACGAGAGAAGGCAACCGCGCAGGCAUUCCUGGCGGUCUAUAAUGCUCUCGGUCAGGCACCAGAUCCCGCAAAGCUGCUCCAAGUUGCCGCUGACCAAACGACAAAACUGGAGGAGAUUAGCGCGUUGCAAGCGGAGAAUAUUCGCCUCAAGGAGGAGAACACCAGUCUUAACAAGCAGGCUACCAACUUGCGAUCCAUGUCCAGCAAUACUACCAAGCUCCAGCAACGUCUGACUCGAUUGGAGACCAAGCAGGAGGAAACCAUUCAGGAAAAGGUCCGGGAAAAGGAGCAAGCCUUCAGAGAGGAAUGGGAGGAAAAGAUUAGAACAGCGAAGGAGAGGGAGCACGACUUGCAGCGCCAGCUGAACCAGGCCAAGGACCAGCUCAAGACUCUUAAGCACACCAACGACUCGACACAGGCUACAUUGGUCGACCACUCUCAAAAGUACGAGGAGGAGGUUGUUGCCAAGUUGGCUGAACUGGACAUUGUACUUUUGGACUAUGAGCGCGCCAACAGCAGGAUAUCGGAACUUGAAGGUCAAAACGAAUUACUCCGCGACCAAUUGGACAACUCUCAGGGACGUGGAAUCGACAGUGAAAGGGCGGCUACAUUGGAACAGACAAUCGACAACCAGGACGCAGAGCUUCAAACCCUCACGACUGCUUUGGAGAACCUCAAGACCAGCAGCAAGAAACAAAUCACGAUUUUGGAGCGAAAGACGGCUACGUUACAGCGAGAGGUUCAGGAAAGAACAGAGGAAAUCGAGACCACCAAGCGCAAAUUGGAACAAUACAAGGACUACGAGACCGUCAAGAGCGAGCUCGAAGUCCUCAAGUACAUUGAAUUCUCUGGAUCAAGAGGAGUUGAUGCAGACGAUGAUUGGGACGAGCGGGUAUUGACGUUGGCCAGCAAGAACCUGGAGAAGCCGAUCGAGAUCCUGUUGAUGGAAAAGAACCGCAAGCUGGAGAAUGAGCUCACGGAACUAAAGGUCCUUCACGAAUCCGUCACCAGAGAUCUGGAGGAUGUCCGCACUCGUCACGAAGUCGCCUCUCGUCAACUCGGUUCGCAGAUGGAGCUGAUUCAGCGACUGGAGGAGGAUAUCACACGCCUUAACCAAUCAUCUGGAGGAAACGGGCUCGGCACUGGGAAUGGAGGUGUCAAUGGAUACUUUACAGGACCUCCCGGAACCAACCCUUCAGGAUUCCCUCAUCCAACUUCACCUCCGUAUGGCAAGGCUUCGUUCUCUGGAGACGUAGUGGGAGGUGUUACUCUCGGACAAGUUCUUCCCCAGACACCAAGAACGCCUGGUUUCCCCUCAGCAGCCUCUCUCAACUUUGAUGGCUCUGCUGCAGCAGGUGUUGGCUCUGGUGUGGGCACACCAGGCGUUGGCACUUCGUCGGCAGACCACAGUAUUCUUCCCAUUGUGACCAGUCAACGUGAUCGUUUCCGCCAAAGGAACAGUGAGCUGGAGGAACAACUCCGUCAGCAAUCGGAGCAAAUUUCCAACUUGAGGAACGAGACCAGCCAGUUGCAGAGGGACAACUUGAAGCUGUAUGAGAAGAUCAAGUACAUGCAGUCAUAUCGGGAUGAUGCAUCUGGAUCGGGUGUCGGAGCAGGAUACUCGGCAGCUGCACCUAGUGUGGCGAUCGAUUACACAUCGCCCUUCAGGAACAACAAUGCUAGUGGGAUGGUGGGUCGACCUGGACAGCACAAGAAGGACGAUAGGGAUGAGAUGCAGAUGCAAUCGCUAGAUCCGACGGACCGGUACCGGAACAUCUAUGAGGAGAGCAUGAAUCCCUUUGAGGCGUUCCACAAGAAGGAGGAGUCGCGCCGGUUCAACAGCAUGACCCCCGCAGACAAGGUCAUGUUGACGAUGAGUCGGUUAGUGUUGACGAACAAGUGGACGAGGAGUAUGCUGGUGGUGUACACGAUGGGUCUGCAUUUCUUGAUGAUGAUCAUGUUGUACAAGAUGAGUGCCUGGGAGGAGUGUCGACAUGAUCAUGAGACGCCGAACGGGGCCAACCCCAUGAUGCCUCCCGAUGAGUAA